AUGGAAAAAUAAUUUGAGACCAUUUUUAGAUUAAAUUUUAUAUAACAGAAUUGUUUAAUGAAUUUAGUUUAAUAAAUAAAGUCAAAUUUUGGUAUGAUUCAGAGAAAGGAAAUCAUUGCUAAGAAUAAAAAGAAAGUGGAGAUAUAGAACUAACCAUAACUAAUCUUCAGCAUUAAAAGAAGGCACAAUGAUUAAGCUUUUGAUAACAUAUGUAUAAUCAAGAAAAUGAUUAUUAAUAGUUUUUUCGAAUGAGGAAGAAAUGCUCAAAUUUCUAUAUUCUCGAAAACAAAAAAGGUUGAAUUUAGAUGAACUAGUGGGUAAUCUUUCCUUAAAUGAGAAGAAUUAACAAAUGUAAAAUUAAUUGUCAACUCUUUAAUUAGUGUGGGGUUACAAAGAAUACCACUAUAAAAUAUCGAUUCUGACUAAAACUUAGAAUUUAAGGAGACUGCUGAAAAAAGCUUGAUAUACUUUAAAAGAGACAGAUUUGUUACAAAGUUUAGAAAAGAUUUUAGGGAUUCCUUGUUAUCCAAUAAUAGAAAAAAAGUAUAUAUACAUAUAUAUAUAUUAGAUAAUAAUACAACUAGAGUAGAAUAAGAAUUGUUUAACAAGUGUUAAUGAGAAAGGGAAUUAUGAGUUCGACGAGGACUACUACAUAAUAUAGAAAGUUGAGAAAGAAAAAGCCAAAUCCUAAAUAACCAUGAAAAUUGAUACUAAAUAAAUAGAGAAACAGAUUGCAGAGUAAUAAUAUGGAAGCGAUGCUGAGGAGAGUUUUGAUAGUGAGGAUUCUCAAAGAACUGAUUAUGAUGAUUAUGAUAGUUUGGAUGAAGGAUCCUCACAAUAAGAGGCAAUGGAAGAAGAAGAAUAAUAUUCUGAUAAUGAUAGUGAAGACUCAGUUGAUUUGAGAAGAUUUCAAUCAAAUUAGGUUUAGUAAGACGACUUUGAAGUGGAUGAUAAGGAUGAUGGAAUUCAAGGAGAUUAGACCGAAAUGUUCACAAAUUUCAUCAGAUAACAUGAAAAAUUGAUCAAGGAUAAAGUUUAUUGA